UCUAAAGCCCAACCUCAUAAAUCUGCAAACACUUCCCAGGGGAUCACCCAUCAUUUUUGCUACUUCAUGGCCAGCACACUUAACUUCCUUAAAAUUCCCCCAAAGUUGCCCCUUCUGAGAAUCGAACCCGGGUGGUGUGGUUCACGUUUAUUUUCCGGGGUUCCCCUUGAAAACCGGACCUCUUCUUCUUCUUAAUUUCUUUUUGUGGUAUAUAAGUCUAUAUAUAAAUGGAACUCCGCACUCUGCACUUCUCAUCACUCUACUACUAUAACUUUGCUCUGUUCGUAUCAAUCAACCCAUCUUUAUCAUCAAAAAUAAAAAUUAAAUUAAGAUGAUGGUGAGAGUUGAGGUGCGAGAUUUCGACGCCAAGAAGGAUUCCAAGGCGGUGGAGGAGGCGGAGCGAGCGUGCGAGGCCGGCGGCGCCGCCGGGAAACUCUCCAUCUUCACCGACCUCUUGGGUGACCCAAUCUGCAGAGUUCGAAACUCCCCUGCUUAUCGAAUGCUCGUUGCAGAGGUGGUGGCGGUCCGGAAGGGCGGCGGAGAGACAAGGGAAAUCGUUGGCAUGAUACGAGGUUGCAUCAAGACGGUUACCUGCGGGAAGAAGAUGUCUAGAAACAGCAAAAACAACAACAACAAUAAUCCUCUCCCUGUUUAUGCCAAAGUCGCUUACCUCUUAGGCCUUCGCGUUUCUCCUUCUCACAGGAGAAUGGGGAUUGGGUUUGAACUGGUGAAGAAGAUGGAGAAUUGGUUCAGGGAGAAUGGCGCAGAGUAUUCGUACAUGGCGACUGAAAAUGACAAUAAAGCUUCCAUUAAUCUGUUCACUCAGAAAUGCGGGUAUUCCCUCUUUCGAAGGCCUUCUAUUUUGGUUCAACCCGUUUUUGCCCACCGGGUUCGGAUCUCCGACCGGGUCACCAUUCUUGAGCUGGGCCACGCCGACGCCGAGGUGCUUUACCGCCGGAAAUUCUCCACCACCGAGUUCUUCCCGCGCGACAUCGACUCCGUUCUGCGGAACAGGCUCAGUCUGGGGACGUUUCUGGCGGUGCCGAGGGGGAGUUACGCCGCCGGGACCUGGCCGGGCGCGGAGGCGUUCCUGGCGGACCCGCCGGAGUCGUGGGCGGUGCUGAGCGUGUGGAACUCGAUGGAUCUGUUCAAGCUGGAGGUCCGGGGCGCGUCGAGGAAGCUGCUGGGGCUGGCGAAGGCGACGCGCCUCCUGGACCGGGCGUUCCCGUGGCUCCGGCUGCCGUCCAUCCCGGAGGUGUUCAAGCCGUUCGGGCUGCAUUUCCUGUACGGGCUGGGCGGGGAGGGGCGGCGGAGGGCGAAGUACACGAAGGCGCUGUGCGGCUUCGCCCACAACAUGGCGAAGGAGAGCGGGUGCGGAGUUGUGGCGACGGAGGUGGCGAACGGCGACCCGCUCACGUUAGGGAUCCCGCACUGGAAGAGGCUAUCGUGCGCCGAUGACUUGUGGUGCAUAAAACGGCUGGGGGAGGACUAUAGUGACGGGGCAGUAGGGGAUUGGACCAAGUCUCAGCCUAGUCUCUCCAUUUUUGUUGAUCCCAGAGAAGUCUAAAUAACUAAGCUACAACAAAUAAAACAGUACUAGAACAAGUAGCAGCUGCAGAACAACCAGAUGAAUCUAAUCUUAGUUUAGGAGUUUUUAAUAUU